UGUCUUUUAUUAACAGCGAGGGCACUUUCCGUCCAAAUGCCCUCGCACUGAUGCAUCUCGACUAUAAGUGAGAUGUCUACUCUUAAAGCUGUUACAGUUUCAAAUAAGAUCGUUAAGAGAAAGAGAAAGAGGCAGAACGCCGAAAGUACUGAAGAUGCUGAAGGCGGUGAUCUCCCGGAAGGGUUAGAAGGGGGUUCAGACGGCUUGAAAUCUGUAAAACCAGGGAAUCAUGUGGCAUCCCAGCGCCAGAAAAGAAAGAAUCUGGAGGUUGAGUGUCUUAUUGAAUGGCCACAGGCGUUCAAGGAUUUAGAUAAGACCCAUCGGGCCCUAAAUCUGGUUUUUACAUUCUGCUCUACACGGAAGCAUCUGGCGACGACAUUCGAUACGAUCCGCUCUGCAGUCGAGUCAAAUACGAAGCGCGAGUUAACGAUCGAGGACAUCGCUGCCAUCGUAGCGUUACGACCAGAUGGUAUAAACUUUAGCUACGUGGAUGAACUUCAGUUGCAGACAGACAUCAAGGGAGCUGAAAGAGAUUCGACGUUUAAGUCUGGCAGAUCAAAGGACAUUACUGUCCAAGGCCCCGCUCCUGACGCCUCCGUCGGUGGUUAUACUGGUUUGGAUAAACUCGGUAGCCAUCAUCCCGAUGACUUCCCUCCUGGCGGUAGCGAAGUUUUAUACUUUGAGUUUGUCGACGGUGAUCUUAAAAGACAAGUCCAGAACAAGAAAACUGGAGAGCUCAGUAAUCCCAAUAGGCGACUUCGAGAUGAGGAGCUGAAGAUGCCUGUUUACAGCCAGAAGCAACUGACAACUUUGAUUGAAAAGCGUAACCAGAAAUUCACGAAUGCGGUGAGUUCCUUUAUAAACCGCUGUGUAGAUGAAAACUUAGACCCCGAAAUAAUACUUCGCCAAGAAGCGGUAUCAUACAUCCCAAUCCCUUCUCAAUCCGAAUCUACUACUCCUAAACCUGAACCGAGUACUAUACCUAAAUCAAUACCAGAGGAGAGAAAGAGCAUUCCCGAAAUCAUCCAGGAACUCAAAGGUAGCUCAUGGUAUACAAAUCAGAUAGUACCAGACGGGCAUCGCGUAUUCGAGGCGCAAGAACCUGUUUUCGGCGAGCUCGAUUUUCUAUUAAGCCAGGACAUGGUGAAUGCGCUAUAUAAUGCAAAAGGAAUCACUCAAUUUUACGCCCACCAAACCGAAGCAAUCAAUAAUCUCCAAGCCGGUCACCAUGUCGUCGUUUCAACCUCUACGAGCUCUGGAAAAUCUCUGAUUUAUCAAUUACCUGUCCUACACGCGCUAGAACAGGACCCUCAUACUCGAGCGAUCUACAUUUUCCCUACCAAGGCGCUAGCUCAAGACCAAAAGAAGAGCUUGAAGGAUAUGCUGGCAUAUUUCACGGGACUAGAAAAUGUUCUCGUUGAGACCUUUGAUGGCGAUACUCCCAUGCACGAUAGAAAUCAGAUCCGCGACGAGGCUCGUGUCAUAUUCACAAAUCCUGACAUGCUUCAUCUUACGAUUCUCCCGCAGGAAGAUAGGUGGCGGAGUUUUCUUCAGAACUUGCGCUAUGUUGUCGUUGACGAACUACACUAUUAUAACGGUUUGAUGGGAUCCCAUGUCGCAUUUAUUAUGAGACGGCUUCGACGUAUAUGUGCUGCCGUUGGAAACCGAAAAAUCAGAUUUAUAUCAUGCUCUGCCACGGUGGCAAACCCACAGGAGCACUUCAAGACAAUUUUUGGAAUCGAUGAUGUGCAUUUGGUCGAUUUUGAUGGAUCUCCGUCCGGUCGAAAGGAGUUCUUGUGUUGGAACACACCUUAUAAGGAUCCUAGUGACCCGACAAGCGGCCGCGGAAAUGCCAUAGCUGAAUGCGCUCGAUUAUUUUGCCAACUAAUUCUCCGCGGCGUUCGUGUGAUAUCGUUCUGUCGUAUAAGGAAACAGUGCGAAGAGCUUGUGACGGCUGCCAGAUCCGAAUUGGAAUCAUUAGGUCGUCCAGAAUGCAUGGCCCGUGUAAUGGGAUAUCGAGGUGGAUACACGGCGCAAGAUCGUCGAAGGAUUGAGAGCGAAAUGUUCGAGGGCAAGCUUAUGGGUAUUAUUGCGACUACCGCUCUAGAACUAGGUGUUGAUAUUGGCACCUUGGACUGCGUUAUCACAUUGGGAUUUCCGUAUACCAUUGCGAAUCUGAGGCAGCAGAGUGGGAGAGCUGGCAGAAGGAAUAAAGACUCGCUAUCCGUGCUUGUUGGAGAUUGCUUUCCGACCGAUCAGCAUUAUAUGCAAAACCCGGACGAGCUCUUUACCAAGCCUAAUUGCGAGCUUCAGGUCGACUUGAAUAACAUGCUGGCUCUGGAAGGUCACAUUCAGUGCGCGGCAUACGAAAUGCCAAUCAAGCCUGUUGAGGAUGCUAUUUAUUUUGGCAAUGACCUGUCAAAGAUUGCGGAAGAACGCCUAAUUAAGGAUGACAUGGGGUAUUACCAUUGUCACGAUAGGUUCAGACCCAUGCCAUCCAAAUUCGUGGCCAUUAGAGAUACGGAAGACGACCAUUUCGCAAUUGUUGAUAUAUCCCACGGAAAAAACAUUGUCCUUGAAGAAUUAGAGGCGUCGAGAGCGUUUUUCACUAUUUAUGAUGGCGCUAUCUUUUUACAUCAGGGCAAUUCGUAUUUAGUGCGCGACUUCCAACCUGAGAGGAAAAUCGCGAAGGUUGAGAAGGUUACGGUGGAAUGGACGACGCAACAACGAGACUUCACCGACGUAGAUCCAGUGGAAACAGAAGCUAUUCGUAAAAUCCCAGGUUCUCUCUCACGCGCGUUCCACGGCUCGAUCCGUAUUACCCAGAACGUGUUCGGCUAUUUCAAAGUCGACAGGAAACGUCGCAUCCUCGAUGCCGUUCAGGUCGAUAAUCCCCCGAUAAUUCGUCAUAGUAAGGGUAUGUGGCUCGAUGUUCCGAAGCAGGCCCUCGAGAUUCUCGUCGACCGUCGUCUCCACGUGGCCGGUGCCAUACACGCCGCCGAACAUGCGAUUAUUAGUAUGAUGCCCAACUUCGUCAUAAGCUUACCCGACGACGUUCGGACGGAGUGUAAAUCUGGGCUGAAGGAGUUCGCGCGAAAAGAAACUUCGAGAAAGAGACCUGCUAGGCUGACAUUCUACGAUGCGAAGGGCGGGGCGAAUGGAUCAGGUAUUAGCACGAAGGCGUUCGAGUUCAUCGACCUACUCCUUGUCCAAGCGCUGGAAAGAGUCCAGCACUGCCAUUGCCAGACGGGCUGUCCGGAGUGCGUCUGCUCGGAAUUCUGCAAGGAGGCUAACGAGGUGAUGAGCAAAGCCGGAAGCGAAGUCAUUAUCAAAACUUUGCUAAAUAUGGAAAUCGACGUUGAUGCCCUCCCGAUGGGGCCGGAGGAUAUGAGCCCAGCUCUUAUUGAGACGGUGGUUCUGGCGAAGCCGGUGCCCUCGCGAGGGAAUAGAGCCGGUGAUGUUAUUACAGUAGAGGAUGAGGAAGAGGAGGGGGACCACGAUGUUAUUGUUGUCGAUUAAACCGAUGAUCAACUGGUCCAAGCAAGAGCUAACCGCGUGUAGGAUAAGAAGCUAAGAAAUAAACUAAUUACCUACUAAGAUGAAAC